UUCUCUCUGCUUGCAGGGGAUUUGUUUGGACUUAUGAUGUGAUCAUACUAAUAAAUGCAAUCUUCAUUGCUCUGGAUGAGGAAAGCCCUUAUAUUUCUUAUGCAGAGUGGGUCUUCCUUGCUUUAUAUAUAAUUGAGAUACUCCUGAAAGUAUACACAUACGAACCAAGGGCAUUCUUUGGCAAAAAUCAGUUCUGGAACUGGUUUGAUACCCUCAUCAUCUUUGCUGCCUUGACUGCAACGAUACUCAAUACCACCCUGAAAUCGACCACAAAGUAUAACAGUCAACAGAUCCUGGACAUUGUCUUCAUAUUAAGAGUCCUCAGGCUAAUAAGGAUUGUUGACAGCAUACAAAGGUUCCGAGUCAUCAUGAACACACUGAUAAACAUCGUGCCAACCAUGCUGACAUUUGGAGGGCUGACUCUGGUUGUGUACUGUAUAUUUGCUAUCAUUGGUAUGGAGUUAUUCCAUGGGAAAAUCCAGUUCUUCCCAGCAAACUCAAAUGCUCCUUAUGCCUUGGAAUGUGGAAACCCAGCUCUGAAGGAUUCUUUGUUUGCCCGUGGAAAAUACUGCAAGAACAACUUCAACAACUUUGCGUCUUCCUUCAUUGUUCUGAUGGAGCUUACUGUAGUCAACCAGUGGCACGUCUUUGCCAACGGAUUUGCCAACGUGACUGCUCAGCCUGCAAAGCUUUAUUUCAUCGCCUUCCACAUUGUGAUGGUUAUAAUUAUUGUCAACAUCUUUGUGUCAUUCAUCUUGGAAGCUUUCUUUGUGGAGUACUCCCUAGAGAAGAGUGAAGUGGAGACGGCCAUUGAGCAGAAAAUCCAGGAGCUGGGAAUGGGAGUUCAAGAGGAGGCACUCCAGGGUGAACAACUCCUUGAUAACAUGGAGAGUGCUGACAAUGACCUUGAGGGGGAAGGUGGAACAAAGGCACAGCCUAAAGGGCUGGUGUUUAAAAUUGCCUCCAAACGGUACAGGACAGUUGAUGCCCUGCUUCAGCGUAUGUUUGAGGCAGAGAUACCUCUUGAAGAUGAAGGCCCUUCUUUUGAAGAGAUCUUAAACUUGUCCCCUGCCACUGCUGUACCUGGUGAUCUUACUUCUGAAAGGGCUGUGUAACUCAGGGUAAAAACACAGUGGUCGACAAGGAGGAGCUAAUCCUCAGCUGCACAGGUCUCCAGCACAUUUUCUGGCUGCCUGCCUUCAGUCACUGUGGUCAGGUACAUCAUGGAUGAGAUUAAACAGUUGCAGGGGCAGCUGAUGCAGGAAAUGGCACUGUCAUGUAAAGGAGCUUUAUCUUGUGUAAAGUCUCACAUGAAUGUGGAAACUGGAAAUGCUAUCACAGGAGAGCAGAUGGAGGGUUCGCGUAUCUGGCUGUGCAAGUCAAGUGCAGUAUUCAAUAUGUUAUGAAAUACCUAUUCCUUAUAACUGGAAUCUUGUAUUACAGCACUUUUAUAUGCAUAUAUGGAGCAAAGUAAGCUGCAUUAAACAGUUCUUGUUAGUACACUAAA